AUGGCGUUCAAGUUUAAUUUCGCGCCGGGGCAGAGUCAGUCAACGAGCAAACCCGCCUUCAGCUUCUCACAACCGGCCCAGCCUGCCGCACCCGCACCACAACCUCAAGCUUCCACGAACAUAUCAUCCACAGCUAUCGACCUUGAGCACUUGCGGCCUACCACGAAGUUCGACGCUGCGCACCCCAACAUACAAAAAGUGAUCUCCGACCUCGAUAACGCCAUACUCAAUGAGAUUCACAAAGCCAAUGAGGUACCCCAGAUUUUUGAAAAGGUCACCGAACGGGGGGACCCUUUGCCUGCUUCUCUCGAUCUCGUCACUGCCAAGCUAGAUCAUCUUACUCAUAGCCUGGAAAAUGAUGCAGAGGCAAUCGUAGCUGUGCGUGACGGCUCGUUGAAGAAGGGGGAAGGUGAAGCUAAAUGCGUUUUCCGGGCGGUCGACAGACUAAAAGUCCCUCGACAGUAUCAGGUCGGGCACAAGCAAAACGAGAGCAUCAAUGGCGGCGUCUACGGCGGUAGUGGCGUGAGUGGAUGGUGGAACAAUCCCCAGACGCUUCGUGCUACUGGCUCGAAGGCCGACGUGAAGGGCGAGACAAUGCAGCUGCCUGGAGAGGAGCUGGAGGACAGUGGACCCAAGAGCCUGGUGGAGCUCUUCGGCACAAGGGCAGACGAGAUGGCUGAGUUGAUGCAAGGCAACAGGGCCUUGUUAGCGGAGAUCGAAGAUUUUGUUGGUGGCUUGGAGGACAAAGUCAGGAGCAAGGAGAGGCAGCUCAAUGAGCGGCUGAACUUGGGAGCAGAAACCGGUUCGACCGUGGGCGAGAAAGAGCAUCAAAUGCAGCUUUUGAAGUACGUAUUCGGAGAAGUGGAUCGGGGGAUGUAUGAGGUGGCGGGGCGAGUUGGGGCAUGUCGAGAUGAUGUUCUGGAGCUGGCAAGGACAAAAACAUAA